AUGACGGAGAGGGAGGUGUUGCUGAUGAAUCGUCUGCGUAAGGGCCUCCCAGUAGUGGCCAUUGAUCUGACAGGUCAGCAGUAUGAAGUGGUCAUCAAAUGGUGCUCCAGCAUCAACGAAUACGUGCUCAAAGGAAAUUGGAAUCAUAUUGUCCAGAACUACGUAUUGGAGGAAGUAUACCCUGGGUAUAAUAACUUCAUUGGUCUCAUGAUCGACUCCCGCGGCAAUACCCAGAAGAGACUGGAGAAGGAAUCUGGUGCUAGAGUUCUCAUUCGGGGGAAAGGCUCAGUGAAGGGAGGGAAAGCUCAUCAUAGGCGGGACAUGAAGCCUGACCCCUCAGAAAAUGAAGACCUUCAUGUCUUGGUAGAAGCAGAUAACAAGGAAUCAUUGGAUGCUGCAGUAGGAAUGGUUGAGAAGCUACUGGUUCCAGUCGAUGAGGCGACAAAUGAGCAUAAAACCUCCCAGUUAAAAGAGCUCACUGAACUGAAUGUCGUGUGCAAAACGAGUGGUGAGCUGGGGCACAGGCAACAUACAUGCCCAAGUAGAAAUUCAACAUACAGCAGGGGUGCUACUGCUGAUUGCCCUUCGAUGGCAUCUGACCCAGGGAGUAAAAUGGUCAGCCUACACCAUUGCUUUCUUGGUGGAUGGCCUGCUUAUAGUACUAUGCCUUGUUACAGCCCUUAUCCUCAGUUUGGUCUUGAGAGCAGAAUCGACAAGGAUAUCGCUGAUUCAAAUCUAUACGUGGCAUACCUUCCUCAGGCUGUGGAUGAUCGUCAGUUGAUCGAGCUGUUUUCUCCUUUCGGCAGGCUCAUCAGUGUGAAAGUAGUCAGGGACAAAAUGACAGGUUUAAGCAAAGGCUUUGGCUUUGUUAAGUAUGCUGAUCCUGUCGAUGCUCUCUAUAAUGAAUAUAUCGGUUACUGA